AUGGUCAACCCAGGCCGCGUUUGCUGCAUAGCAGCGCCAUUCCUUCUCUCAGUAGGCGUCCUAAUAUGUGUGGUACUGGUCUUCAUCGGGGGAAACUACGACCGCAGCAAGACAUUCGACGACCUAUACUUUGUAAAGAUCGACAUGACCAACCUCACAUUGACCUCCUCUGCAAAUCUUCUCGGAGAUAACUCCAACACGACCCUGUUGGGUGGUGCCCUCGAAGCGGCCAAGCAAUCUCUGGGUAUGAAAGAUUUCUACACAAUCUAUCUCCGCAGCUACUGCAGUUGGAAUGGCAACGACACCUACGCGAACUGCACGGACCCCAAAUCCUACUUUUGGUUCAAUCCGAUCAAGAUCUGGGGCUUGAACAAUACCGGCGUCCCCGUGGAUGACUAUCUGCCCAAGAGCUUUAGAGAUGGAGUGGAUGUCUACCACGACGCCUCCAAGGCAAUCUUCUACUUGUACCUUGGUGCACUGAUCGCCUCGUGCGUCACUCUUCUUGUGGGCAUCUCGGCCAUCUUCUCGAGAUGGGGCUCCUUCUUCACGACCUUUUGCGCUACUGCCAUGGCUCUGCUUCUCGUGGCAGGGUCCAUCACCGCCACCGCUGUCUACAUCGUCCUAAAAGCCGCCUUGAACGAAACCUUGAAGAAGGACUACGGCAUCAAGACCACCUUGGGCAGUUCUGUGUUCUCGGUCACGUGGAUCGGCAGCGCCUUGGCUAUUGGGGCGGCAUUCUUCUGGCUACUCAGCGUCUGCUGUUGCAGUGGAAGAAGCCCUUACAACCCAGGCAGCAAAGAGGCCAGACGCACGAGAGCGGAAAAGACGCCCUACACGUAUGAGAGGGUGGGAAGUCCAUACAUGGGCCCAAGUGAUCAGCAGAGCGUGCCGCUGAAUACGCUUGGCCCCCAGUCAUAUGCGCCGCAGAGAGGCGCCGCUUAUGAGCCAUUCAGACCGCAGGGCGUUUAA